AUGUCUGUCCGGCUACCCGCGCUGCUGACCCUCUGUCUGACCUUCACACAGGGUGGUUGCACGUAUUCUAACAACCACUGGGGAGACUGGAACGACUCCCAGCUGCAGCCAACCAUUCAGAAGCUGAUGAAAGGAUACAACCGCUACCUCAGACCUAAUUUCAAUGAGGGUCCUGUGGAAAUCGGUAUGAGUCUCGACAUCGCCAGCAUUGAUGCCAUCUCUGAAAUCAAUAUGGACUACACCGCAACCAUCUUCCUCCGUCAGCGCUGGCGGGACUCCAGGCUCGUGUUCCCUGGAAACGAGAGCGUCAGCGUGGACGGUCGCCUCGUGUCACUGCUGUGGAUCCCCGACACCUUCAUCCCCGACUCCAAGCGCUCCUUCCUGCAUGACGUCACGGUGGAAAACCGCCUCAUACGCAUUUUCAGCAACGGAACUGUUCUCUAUGCCCUACGCAUCACGGCUACGAUUGCCUGCAACAUGGACCUGACCAAGUACCCCAUGGACAGACAGGUGUGCACCCUGCAGCUGGAGAGCUGGGGCUACAACCUGCAGGAUGUGGUGUUCUACUGGACCCGAGGGAAUGAUUCAGUGAAGGGUCUUGACAUUCUGCGUCUGGCUCAGUACAGCGUAGAGACCUACUACACAUCAGUGUCAGAGGCUGUGUACGAGACAGGACAAUACCCAAAGCUGGUGCUGCAUUUCGCACUGCGUAGAAACGUGCUGUUCUUCAUCUUGGAGACGUACGUUCCCUCCGUCCUGCUGGUGGUUCUCUCCUGGGUCUCUUUCUGGAUCAGCCAGUCCUCUGUUCCAGCUAGGACCUGCAUCGGAGUAACAACAGUCCUGACAAUGACCACACUGAUGAUGGGCGCCCGCACUUCUCUGCCCAAUGCCAACUGCUUCAUCAAGGCCAUAGAUGUUUACCUGGGAAUCUGCUUCACCUUCAUCUUUGGCGCACUGGUGGAGUACGCCUACGCCCACUUCUAUACCAUGCAGCACCACACCAUCGAGUAUCUACACAGGGAGCUUCAGAGGGAGUUCAAUGAAUCCAACGGGAACGGCUCCAUCCCCAUCGUCAGCUCCACCCAACCCAACCGGUCCGUGGAGAUCGGCUCCACCGCAGAGGAGCCUGCUGAGCAAUCAGCAAACCGGGACACUAGGAACAAUGCUGGAUCCAGAGAGAAGGUGUCAGGACAGGGCUGCAGCCUGUCUUCAGUGAAGGAUGCAUCACGUCGGGUAGCAUCCGCCUUCGUUGUGGAAAACCCGCAUGACAUCGAUCGCCGCGCUCGUACCGUUUUCCCCACGGCAUUUCUCUUUGUCAAUAUCCUCUACUGGCUUUACUAUCUCUGUCUCUGA